CUACCCCGCCCGCAUCAGCCACGCAUGAGAGCGUGCAUCCAUCGUGACACCUGUCCUCUGUGUCACACGUCUAAAGGCUUGAGAGAUAGAGCAUUCAACCGCCCCCACGAGAUGUGAAACCGUCCAGGAAGGCCCUCUAUGCUAUCGCCAUUCGUCCGCUCCUCCACCAGCCGCUUGAAGGCAGCGGACGACAGCGGCCGGAAGGUGAGCUUGAUGUCGCGGAUCUUGAGCAGCGACUUGACACAGGCGAUGCCGAACUCGCCGGCGGCAUCGCCAUCGCCCAAAUCCUCGGGCACUGCUCACACAAGCAGGCAGCACUCAACACAACCGUGAGCAGGUGGAAAAGAGCUGGGGGAGGUGAUUGUUUGAAGCCCACCUUCUACAGUAAUAAUCACUUCUGCGACGGCCGGCAGCUGCUCGGCUAUGUCCCCCCACGUCAGGCCCCCCUCGCCCACACCCGUCACCCGGCCGGCAUCGAAGUGCUCUAAGUGUCUGUCCCCGCCCACCGCCUGCAGCAUCCCCACCACAUCCGCCUCUGUCGCCGUCACCGACAGCCGAAUGUGUCUAACUGCCGGCAUCUCGGCCACCAGCCUCCGGGCAAUCGCGAGCCCAUGUUCGCCGUGGCUCACGAGAUGCGAUGCGGCGGGGAAUGCCUUGUGUGGCAUUCUGUCGAGCACAAUCGGGUCGGGCUGCUCGGCGUCAUCGUCGGGCGCCCAAUCGUCCGGGUCCACCACCUCCACGGUCGUCGCCCUGGAGAAGGUCAGGCGCUGUGCGAGGGCGAUGGCAGCGGGGCUGGGUGUGUCGAGAGGGCCGGGGGUGGUGAGAUGGUGGGGGCGGAUGGUGAAGCAGGCACUCUCUGAUGCGGCGGCCAUCUGCUGGAUGUGUCUCUGCACGAAGGUGGAGGGGGCGGGGCGGGUGGGGACCUCACACAGGAGGCCAAGGUCGAAAGGCUCGCGCUCGCUACAGUCUUCCUCGUCGAUCUUCAUGUCAACGGGGAUGUCGGGCCUCUCACACAGGGUGCGAAUGAAGGUCUCGAUGGUCGACAGGGUCUCGAAGAUGCGGCUGUCGAUGGGCACGUCGCAAUCGAAGCUGAGCCUCUUGAUGGAGCGACAUCCACGGUCGACAAGGACCGUCUGCAGAAAGACAUACGGAACCCAUGAGCAAGCCACUGGAUUCAGUCUCUCGUUUUGUGUGGUUUGUGACGCACCUGAAGGCGCUGCAGCCCGGCCCGCCACUCUCCAAACCUAUAGGGGCCAUCCUCGUCCCUGACCCAGAGGGCGAUGGUGCCUAUGUCCUCCAGCUGCGCCAGAGGGCCCGUCUGCCCAUCCGCUGCCGUGGGGAUCUGCGCCAGCGACUCGGCAAUGCGGUCCGGGACGCAGCUCACGUGCAGCUCCCUCAGGCGUCUCGACGUCCGCACCAGCUCCCCCAACAGCUCCGGCACCACAACCCCGUCUAUCUGCACCCUCUCGAGUGACGGAACUUGCCAAUGGCGCCCGCGGCCGGGACAGGAACCCUGAUAUCUCCCGCGGACGCCUGUGAUGGAUGUGAGGGAUAUGAGGGUGGGGGGCGGGUCGAGGGGAGCGGGGAGGGGCGUCGCCAAUCGCUGUCUGGCACGUCUGAUAUCCCGACGCUCGUCUUCGUCGACGGCUAUGGACAGGUCGCCCUUGCUGAACUCGAUGGCCUCGAGGGUCCCCCCCGCUGGCUCCGUCUGGCCUGCUGCUGCCGUGGCUCGGGGCGCAUCGCAGUGGCCAUCCACUAAUGCCGUGACGAUCCUAUCGGUGACCAGCGGCAAAGUGCGGUAGUCAUAAUCAUCGAACGGCCGCGGCCCUGAGGUUCCUCGUGGGAUGCGGAGGGCAUGGGGGUACUGGACGACGAUGGACUUGAGCCGUGUCAGCCGCCGGCCCCACGCGAAGGCGUCAGCGAAUGACAGGCCGCACCAGAAGCGCCGCUCGGCCGUGUCGUGGGUGUCCAUGACCAGCUGGGUGAUCUGGCAGCUGACGUGGCGCCACAGCCGCUGGGGCAGCGCCGCCACCAAAUGAAGCGAUAGAAACGAGAAGACGUAGGCGACGACAACCGGCUGAGUGGACAACACACACCACACAAAAAAGGGAGCAUCUGUGCGUUUGCCAGUGGUUCGUUUGGUGCAUCUUACGAUUCGGCUGAAGUGCUGAGCAAAGGUCUCCAGAUCUAUGCCAUGUGUGGUGUGCGAUGCCGUGGCCUGCUGCUGCUGCUGGAGCUGGUGCUGGUGCUGGUGCUGGUGCUGCUGGCCGUUGCCAACGUUAGCAUCCUCGUUAGCAUCCUUCUCUCCCUCAGCCCGCCUCUGCCGCUUCGGUGCCGCCUCCAAUCGCUCAUUGCUGGCAACUUCAAGAACCGAUGGCUUUUUUGGGGUGGUGGUUAACGGUAAGAUUGUCCAUGUGUGUCCAUGCGCUCGGACUGGCUUUUUUCGGCACGUUUGGUCUUCAUUCCAACAGCAAAAGCUGACAUGAAAGGGGACAGUGCACACACACACGCAGAGAGAGGGAGGGAGAGGGCAUGUACAUGGGAGGGGGGAGAGCCGCCAACGGCUCCGUCGCAGCUUGGAUAUCGCGGACCUCGGCAUUGUCGACGACUAUGAUCGAUUCGCCCUUCCCGAUUUCUAUGGACUCCAAGGUGGUCCCCGCCUGCUGCCCGGCUGCUGUGGCCGCUGCGGCUCUCCGCCCCUCACUGUGCCCCUCCACCAAUGCCGUGACGAUCUUGUCGAUCACCGGCGACAGAUUGCGGUAGUCAUAAGCGUGUGGCCCUCUUGGGAUGCGAAGGCUACGGGGAUACCGGACGACAACGGACUUGAGCCGUGUCAGCCGCCGGCCCCACUCGAAGGCGUCAGCGAAUGAGAGGCCGCACCAGAAGCGCCGCUCGGCCGUGUCGUAGAUGUCCAUGACCAGCUGGGUGAUCUGGCAGCUGACGUGGCGCCACAGCCGCUGGGGCAGCGCCGCCACCAAAUGAAGCGACACGAACGAGAAGACGUAGGCGACGACAACCGGCUGAGUGCACAACACACACCACACAAAGAAGGGAGCGAUGAGCAUCUGUGCGUUUGCCAGUGUUUCGUUUGGUGCAGCUUACGAUUUGGCUGAAGUGCUGAGCAAAGGCCUCCAAAUCUAUGCUGUGCGAUGGCGUGGCCUGCUGCUGCUGCUGCUGCUGCUGGUGGUGGUGGUGGUGGUGCUGGCUAUCUGCGUCCACCAUGGUCUCCUCGUUGCCCUGCUCCUCUCCCUCUCCCUCGGCCGCCCGCCCCUGCCGCUUCUGUGCCGACUCACUCAUCGGUGAUUAUGUUGCAAACCUGCUGCCGUGAACCUGUGUGUGUGGGCCACCCAGCGCUUUCAGCUACUCCUUC